AAUGAUUACUAAACGUGACCGUGUUAUUGUCAUCCCUAAAGAGGACACCACUUUUCAAUUUGUUGUAGCUAACAAAGUUUUUACUUUGUUUGGAAGUGCGUUGAAGCAGAGAAGUCAUUUACGUGGGAAAAAGGCAAAAAUGCCCAAAACUAUUCCUUAUCUGCUUGAUUAA